UACAUACGUGGUUAUCAGUAGUUAGCAGUUAACCGCGAAUUCUUGCUGUAAAUUUGUAUCAAAACCAUUAACUGAUAAACUUAUCUUUUACAAAAAAAGACUAAAUGUUUAUAUAUGUUAGUAGCAAUUUGAUAAGUAUACUUGGAAAACGUUUGCAAUUUCGGAAAUAAACAGAACUUUGAAUAUAAUGCCGUUGGCAAAUCUAACGGCUCCCUGGACCGAGCACCGUGUAAAUGAGAAGCAAAGUACAGAUAUUUUGCCGGCGGAAAAUCAAGAAGAAAUAAUGAUUACUCAAGGAAAUUUGAUCGAAAGAUCAAAUGGUUGUUCUGAGUCUCAUGAGAUCGAAGUACGUGAUAUGGUACGAGAUGGUUAUGAAAAAGCAGAACCUUCUCAUUUUGAAUUGUUAAAAGUCCUUGGCCAAGGUUCUUUUGGCAAGGUAUUUUUAGUAAGAAAAGUUGUUGGAAAAGACAGUGGUACGCUGUAUGCUAUGAAAGUUUUGAGGAAAGCAACAUUAAAAAUUCGUGACAGAGUUAGGACUAAAAUGGAGAGAAAUAUAUUAGUGGAUGUGGAACAUCCAUUCAUUGUCAGACUACAUUAUGCGUUUCAAACAGAAGGAAAGUUGUAUUUAAUUCUUGAUUUUUUAAGAGGUGGUGACCUUUUUUCGAGAUUAUCUAAGGAGGUGAUGUUUACGGAGGAUGAUGUUAAGUUUUAUUUAGCUGAACUAGCACUCGCCCUAGAUCACAUACACAGUCUUGGAAUUAUUUAUCGAGACCUCAAACCUGAAAACAUUUUACUAGAUACAGAAGGCCACAUAUCUUUAACAGAUUUUGGCUUGAGUAAACAACCUUUGGAUGAUUCAUACGCAUACUCAUUUUGUGGCACUGUUGAAUAUAUGGCACCAGAAAUCGUCAACAGAAAAGGACAUUCCUUUACAGCAGAUUGGUGGAGCUUUGGUGUUUUAAUGUUUGAAAUGCUGACAGGCGCCCUCCCGUUUCAAGGUGCUAAUCGCAAAGAGACAAUGACGCAAAUUUUGAAAGCCAAGCUUGGGAUGCCACAUAAUAUUUCAACAGAAGCACAGGCGCUUCUGAGGGUAUUAUUUAAAAGAAAUCCAGUGAAUCGCCUGGGCUCUGGUGGUGUACAAGAAAUUAAAAAUCAUAUUUUCUUUGCUACUAUCGAUUGGAACGCUCUUUAUAGAAAGGAGAUACGGCCACCGUUUAAACCAGCUGUCAGCCAGGAGGAUGAUGCCUUCUACUUUGAUAGUGAAUUUACCUGCAAAACACCUAAAGAUUCCCCAGGUAUACCGCCGAGCGCGAACGCUCACGAACUAUUUCGCGGAUUCAGCUUUGUUGCACCGUGUUUGCUCGCGGAGACCGAUCACACCCAGUCUCUGGAGUGCAAAAAUUGCGACAGCAUCAGCGCUACUUUUCCAACCUACGUCAAUCCCGUUUCUAUAACGGACGAGUACGAAUUCAAGCAAGAAAUUGGCAAAGGAAGUUAUAGUGUGGUUUACUUAGCCAUCCAUAUAGCAUCCAAGAUGGAGUACGCCGUAAAGGUGAUUGAGAAAUCGAAACGAGAUCCGACGGAAGAGAUAGAAAUUUUAUUACGAUAUGGUAGGCACCCCCAUAUCGUAACAUUGAGAGCAGUCCACGAAGACGAUAGACGAGUAUAUCUUGUAUUGGAACUUUUGCGCGGCGGUGAACUGCUCGAUCGUUUACUACAAAGACGAAAUUUUACGGAACGAGAAGCUGCUGAAGUGAUCCACACUAUUACCAGUGUUGUGCACUAUCUUCACGAGAACGGGGUGGUUCAUAGAGACUUGAAACCGUCGAACAUUUUGUACGCGAAACCUGGCGGGGAUCCGACGACACUUUGUAUAUGCGAUCUUGGCUUUGCGAAACAAUUAAGAGCGGAAAAUGGUUUACUGAUGACACCAUGCUAUACAGCGAAUUUCGUUGCGCCGGAAGUGUUGAAACGCCAAGGAUACGACGCGGCGUGCGACAUUUGGUCACUCGGAGUCUUGCUGUACAUCAUGUUGGCUGGAUACACGCCUUUUCGCAAUAGUCCGGGGGACAGCGCGAGCGAUAUAUUGGAUCGUAUCGGACCGGGAUACAUAGACGUAGAAAGCGGAAUAUGGUGUCAUAUCUCCAGCGAAGCUAAAGAAUUAGUCAAAAGAAUGCUGCACGUAGACCCUAAUCGGAGGCCUACCGCGGCCGUUAUUUUAAAAUACUCUUGGAUUAUGAAUCGACACCGUAUUCCACAGAAAGUGUUACCGGACCAUACUAUUAAAGAUCCGCAUAAUCUGAAGAUGGCAGUGGCAGCUACAUAUAGAGCAAUGUCGAGUAAUCCAAGAUCGCCGCACAUUGGUCCUGUGAUUAUGUCGGAAUUAGCACGUCGUAGGACACAAGGCAAACCCACCGGUCCCACUGCUGUUUAAAUUUGAAAUAUCUCCUGGAUAUGACGACAGAUUUCUGUUUUAUCCCGAAAUUAACAAAUGCAGAUACCUAGGAUAACAAAGUUGUUUAAAGUACAAGCGGAAGUAGCUUAGGGAAAGAUGUCGAGAUAAUGGGGGAUUUUUGCAAUAUCGCCUCUCAGAUACGUUAGAUGUAAAUCGUGAAUGCUAUUCGUCGCGCACAUGGCGACGUUAUUUCUGAGCAAAUAACGUUCACGAUUUACGUUUACCGUAUCUGAGAAACGGUAAUGCAAAAACUCCCCAUUGUUGAUUACUUUAAUACCGUUGUAGAGAGUGUGUGACGGGACAUUUAUGACAGUGAAUCAAAUGUGAUAUUUAUUUAUAGAGUUUCAUUUUGCGUGUAAUGUACAUACAUACACGUAUAGGAGCGUGCUUGAUGUAUGCACCACGCCCCAUGUAACAUAUAAGUACACACACGGACACAUAUGUGCGCAUAUAUUUAUCACUUGUUGCCAUGUAUUGGGAAUAGAGUGCGAAUAAUUCCGAUAAUAACAAUCGGAAUGUGUACUUUGGGGGAGGGGGGGAGGGAAGAGGGGUUCCUUUAAGUUUUAAAUUAAUUUUUUAUUGUAUUGAAUUUUAUUAUAUUUCUCGUUGCAGAUUCAUAGUGUGAAAGAUAUGUCUGAAGUAAUCACGCCGAAAUGAUCGAGUAAGAUUCAGCGAUUUAAGUAUUUAAACAGAAAAAAAAAGAAUUGAAUAUAUUAUGCGUAGUAUUUUAUCUGUGCAAUGUAGUUUGAAUUAAUUUUUUAACUAAAUGUAUAUCGAAUAAAUGUCUUAUAUUUCCGCCUAAA